UGUCUAUGUAACGAUGAACAACAAAUUUGAUAUGGCCACCCUAAGCGACGUGGAUAAAAAUAAAAUCAUUGUCUAUUCGCCAUCAAAAUGGCGUCAUCGAAGGAAACCUAUUGUUUGUGUGGUCAACCAUAUAAUAUUGGACAAUUUAUGAUAGAAUGUGACUGCUGUCGCGAGUGGUUUCAUGGAAGCUGUGUUGAUGUAAAAAUUUACCAUUCUGACGAUAUCGACAAAUACCACUGUCCAAAAUGUGCGCAGACAUAUGGUCCGUCUGUUUUAAAAAUCCCCACAAACAACCACCGGGCGGACAGAUACGAGAUUGGGGCUGAAACUCGGCCAUCCCAAGCUGGUACUCCGGCAUGGGUCCGAGCACUGGCCGCCCGUCCCCUUCGGCCGACACCCGCUUCGUUACAGAGAAUGCGACCGCAGCACUUUACAGAAGAGUUUGUGAGGGAUAAUGGUUUUACUCGCCCAGUGAUUUUUAAUACUAUUGAAGGUUUGGAUAUGAAAGUGCCUAAUGCAGCAACAUUUACUGUAAGAUCUGUAUUAAGAUACUGUGGAGCUCAGUUAGAGGUGGAAGUUAUAGAUGUACGUAAACAGUCAACGUUGAGGAUGCCGCUUGGUGAUUUUAUUGAUUACUUUGAAACACCACCGGAACACAGAGAUGAGAAAGUACUUAAUGUACUCAGCUUAGAGUUUACAGACACCAACCUGUGUCCGCUGGUGGAGCCGCCGGGAACGCUGCGGGCGCUGGACUGGGCGCAGCUAGGGGGCUCCCCUCCCGCGCGGCCCGCCGUGCAGCGCUACUGCCUCAUGUCGGCCGCCGCCGCCUACACGGACUUCCACGUGGACUUCGGCGGCACCACGGUGUGGUACCACGUGCUGCACGGUCGGAAGAUCUUCUAUCUGAUCCCUCCGACGUCCACCAACCUGGCGCUGUACCAACAGUGGAGCGCGGCCAACAAUCAGAGCGAGAAGUUCUUUGGUGAUAUGGUGGAGUGGUACGGCACGGCCGAGGUGAGCGCCGGCGAGACGCUGUUCAUCCCCACGGGCUGGAUCCACGCCGUGUACACGCCCUGCGACUCGCUCGUGUUCGGGGGGAACCUGCUGCACUCCUAUGCCAUCGAGAUGCAGCUGCAGAUCUACGAGAUCGAGAGUCGCGUGGAGACGCCGCUGGUGCUGCGCUACCCGCUGUUCGAGGCGCUGCACUGGCACGCCGCCGCGCAGCUGCUGGCCGCGCUGCGCCGCCACAACGAGGAGACGCAGGACGAGGACUUCACUAUAAACGAGAACUGUGUGACCACGCCACCGGCGGAGCUACCGCCGCUUCUGUUGAGGGGGAUCAAGAUCUUAGCGAAUGCGCUGAAAGAGUGGCACGCUCUGAAAAGUACGGACGCGUCGAAGCGCGAUAAUGUGCCGAAGUGCCUCAACUCGGGGCAGCUGGUACGCGAGCUGUGUAAAGAAUUACGCACAUUGGAAAAACGUAGCAGUAGCAAUAAAGAUAAGGAUAUUAAAGUAAAAAACACCUCACCAACCAAAUCUCAAAGCAAGAAACGCAACGAAGCAGCACCAAAAAAAUCACUCAAACUCACCCUACCCAAGCCCAUAAUGCACAUGACACCGAACGGAGAAUACCCAGAAGAGAAAAUAUAUGCAGACAAAUAUUACAUCGACAACAAGGAAGUCCUAUAUCCCGAUAGAUAUAUUCAAGAUGUCAAAUAUGUUAACAGUGACGUCAAAUACAUUAGUGACAGUAAAUUUGUGAAUAGUGAUGUUAAGUUUGUAAACAGUGAGAUUAAAUAUGUUAACGGUGUACCCGACGCUAAGUAUGUGUUGGAAAGUAAAGAGAUUUUACCGGAAAAGUAUGCAUAUCAAACUUAUGAAGAGGUUACGUAUCAAGAUGGAAAUGGUUUCGUUGAUAGACAAGAUAAAAAAUCAACAUUGAAGCUUAAAUUAAACAACUCUCCUUCAUCGUCACGAGAAGAGCCUCCACCGUACAGUCUGCCCGAACACUCCAUCUUAAAAUCACAUCUGAUCAGAACGGACCGUCUCAAACCCGUGCAGCAGUGGACGAUAUCCAAGAAGGACAUUGGAGACUAUCACGAGGAACAAAUACUGUUUACGAAUGAGAAUCUUCAUGCAAAUAUGCGAAUAGACGGACAGGAUAUGAAUUAUGGUGCAGGCAUGUACUCCGCGCAAGACAUACAGGAGUACCAGUACGAGGAGGCCGGCAAGGGCUACCAGCAGCUGUACGCGCCGGAGCUGGCCUACGACUACGCGCCCCCCGCGGCCCCCGCCGCCCCCGCCGCGCUGGCGCCCGCGCUGGCCCCCGCGCCGCCCGCGCAGCCCGCGCAGCCCGCCCCGCUGCAGGCGCCCAGCUACAGCGGCGGGACGUUUGCGCACACGCAGCUGCCUUCAUACGAUGCCGCCGUCGCUCACCAGUACCAGGCUAACUACGCGGCGCCGGAGCCGAAGGCGCGCGCGGGCGUGCGGCGCUCGGAGCGGCCCGUGCGGCGCCGCGUGUCCAGCACGUACGAGUACGAGGACGCCGACCUGUACGUGGACGAGCCGCCGCCCGCGCGCCGCCGGCCCCGCGCGCGCUCGCAGCGCGCCGCCGCAUCGAACAGCAACUCCACCGCCUACCGUCAGGCGGCGCGCGCGCCGGCCAACGGCAUCGAGUCGCUCAUCCAGGCCUCCGAGCUGGCGGAGGAGGAGCAGCCCGACAACGACACGGAAGACGCAGCGGUUGCUGGUAUGCUCAGUAUUAGCGAACAACGGUACGAAGCACCGGCCAGGACGUUCGGUCUAGCGAUAGAGACGCCUCCGAAACCUACAGACACUUCUCGAGUUGAAAGCGGUGGCAGCGGCAGCGGUACCGCCACCGGUGCCGGCAGCGGUACUGGUAGCGGUAGUGGUACUGGCAGCACGAGUCGUGCUCGCGCGCGGAAAGCGGGUGCGGACGACGAUUACGACGAAGAGGAUGUCAUCAAGGAGGUGCAUCGAGACGAAGAGUAUGUGUAUCCAUCGUUAGAGAUGAGUUCGGACGAGGACGAGGAGUGGACGUCUCGUAAGCGCACCGCGCGCAGUCGGACGGACAGCAAGAGCAAGACCGACAAGGACGAGUCGUGGUCGCCGCGCGCGCGGCUGGGCCGCGUGGUGCCGCGCCUGCGCGGGCCGGCGCGCGCGUCCGUGCGGCGCGAGUGCGUGCGCGCCGCGCUGCACGCCGCCGCGCACCGCGCGCACCACGCGCACCACGCGCCGCACGCGCCCGAGCGCCACCCGCAGAGUGCAAAGCGAGCGGUGUUGGCAACCAAAAGCAAGCGACCGCCACCACCCGCGCAUCCCGUCUCCUCCAACAAAAAUAUAAGACUGAAAAAAGGAAUGAAGACGGCGAAACAGCGCCUAGGAAAAAUCCUCAAAAUACACAAAAUGAUAUAUUAAUUUAGUUUUAAAUAUUAGUUAAUUGUACGUAGCGACGGACAUUAAGAUGUAUAUUUUAUAUAUGUAUUUAGAUAACGGACCAAUAUGUGUUGUAGAUCCCGUAUGACGUAAUACAUGUCCCCAAUAAAGAUAUUAAUCAAAUAAAUUAUGAAUAUCAUCGAUAAUAAUCAAUAUUUUUGCUUCAUGGUUCACAUGUGGACAGAAAUGAAAUACUUGUAUGUUAAUGGAAUUUGGACAAAGGAAGAAAAUAAACGUUUCGAUAGAUCAAUAAAUAAAUGUCUAAACUUGAAAAAUAAGUCAGUAAUUUUAACAAAUAAUAUCAUUAAAGUUCCAAUAACAUUAAAAUAAUUUAAAACUUUGUACAAAUUCCGUUAUACAUAUACAAUAGCUAAUUUUUGAUAAUAAAUUAUAAAUUUGGUACUAAUUUCGUUACUUAUCGAGUUAUUUGAAUUUUUAAUACCACGCCCACAUUUUUGGGUGAAGGUUCGUGUUAACUUGUGACACAUUUCAUUGAAUAAUUGGACAGGCGAUGCUCGAAAUCGCUUCGACAAUUGUCGAAUACCAUUUGGUCUACCAGUCCUGAUGUAGCAUGAUAACGCGAGCCUUCGCCUACAUUUUGAUGAUAUUUCAAUUCUAUAUAAUAUAACUCGAAUGUUAGACAGAGAAAGAAAUAUGUUUUUCACCCAUCUCUCACACGUUAAAUUAUUUGAAACAAUAUAUUUAAUCUACUCUUAUAUUGGUUGUAAUUAAUUGAUAUGUGAAAUGUAGAUCUGAUUUGUAUGUAUGCUAAAUUAAUUGUAUGUUUAAUUGAUGCUUUUAACAUGACAGGCGUCUCUUUUUUAUCCGUCAACGUUAGGGUUAUCCGUGUGUGCGUAAUGAAAUUACUAUACACCCACAGUAAUAAAUAGAUAAGUUAUACGUUUAAGUGCAAAACUACGUAGUAUAGAAGUAGAAAAGAUGCAUAGAUGUUUUUAUAUAAAAUUCGUUUUGUAUUUGACGUUAUAUUUUACCCACUAAUUUAUUCCCCACUUUUCUCAGCGAAUAAUUAACACACCCCCCAUUUGUAAAAAUAGUUUCUUAAUAUAUAAUGAUUGUUUAAAUUGAACUAACCCGAUAAUUAUUUACAAAACUAUGUAAAGAGAUAUUUCAUUCAAGUAAAUAAUCUAAAUAUAUUUAAAUGAAAACUGGAUCAAAAUCGAUUUAGUUAUUUUGAAAUUAAUACCAAAUACGACAAGAACAGAAGGGACGGUGUUUUUAAUAUAACAAGAGUAAUGUUAUAUUGCGUCUGUCAUGUUAGAAUAUCUUAAUUUGUAUAUUACAAUUCGAUUCUGAAGUUAUUGAAUUGUUCUUUUAUAAUGGUGUCUCAUUUUAACAUUGUUGUUUAAAUAUAGACAGCAUUUUUACUAAUUUUGUUAA